UGCCGGGGUUGGCUCCGGCUGGGUUGGGGUGCUGCGCCCCGGGUCGCGGUGGGGCGGGUGCGGCGCUGGGAAGCGGCACGUGUGGAAAGAGCGUGCCAGGUGCAGACUGUUAAAUGGUCACAAACUGUUUGCUGAAUAUUUACUAAUUAGGCCAGCAUCCCCCAGGUCGAUUGCUUGGGUCGCAUUUGACCUUGGCAGCCCUGAUGAGGUGAGAUUUUUCACAAACCACCACUGAAGACUUUUUCCAGAUGUCAACAUCAGCGGGACUUCCCCUCCCCCUUCCAGGACUGUAAUUAACCUUCAAGACAAAACCCAAAACUCUCCUUAGUAACUUAGUGCGUUUUCUUUUCCGUUGUGGUGUAGACUUUUUGCCUCGUGAAUUUAGAGGAAGCCAGCGUUGCAUGAGGUGGCUCACUAUUCAUCAAAGAAUAGUGUGUUUUAUUUUUUCAUUCACUGUAUUCCUGGCGGCAAUUCGCACCAUGGCUUAGGAACGUCCUGGGUGGCUGUACCCAAGCUGUCGUGAGGAGCGGUGCUGUAGGAAAGCUGAGAAACGUCUGAGAGCUGAACCAGAAGGAAAUAGAGAGUGGUGGCUGCUUUUCAACACAAUCAAUUCUAUUUAUUCCCACAUCUAAUCCUCCAGUUACUAAUAUUUUAAGGAGACAGAAGUUAAAGGUUCGGAUGUGAAACGCCGGUACCUAUAGAACACCUCAGCGGUCAUGAGGCAGGUCUUUGAAACAGUACUUUGAAGCCCUCAAGGGAAGAGAAGUUAAACUUCGAGAGAGACCUAAUGGACAAUCUCCACAACAGGAUACAAUUGUAGGACAUGUGAGAUGAGCAUGACCCAACCAAGUCUUCACACUGAAAGAUUUACAGUAUGAGGAACUGAAACAAGAUGGCGGAACGUUGCCUUGUGUGAGCUUAGCUAGAAACACACACAUCAGAUGACUCAAAUUUUUUGCCACUCGGCCCACUGCCACUGUGGCUGCAGAAGCACAACGGUAACAAAAAAUAAUCCAGAUGGGGUGCAGAUGCUGUAAAAUGAUACAAAGCUAUCUCUUUGAUCCGGUGCAAGUGGCCUCCCCCGGCUACGUCAACGAGGUGAACAGCUGCAAGGCGGACGACGGGGCCCCCGGCAAGGCCAAGGCGCAAGGCAAGCAGAGCGGCGACGCGCCGGUGCACAAGGAGGCGCUGCGGGGCGAGGCCCCGGGGGCGGGCAGCGCCCUCAACGGCGUCGGCCCCGCCUCGCGCGGGCCCCGGAAACAGCGCAGCGCGUCGCGGGCCUCGCCGGAGCCCCAGGUCGCGGGCGACGCGGACCCCAGGGCCGAGGGGCCUGCGGCGGAGGAGCCCGAGCCCGCGCCGCGGCUGCCGCCCCCGGACUACCCGGCCCCGCAGGGCUGCGCGGUGCGCCCCGGGAGCGCGGGGCGGGGGCACCCACCGGCCGGGGGGCGCGGCCUCCGCACGCCCUCGGCCCCCGAGACCGGCUGGGACGCGGCGGACGAGCCCGUGGCCACGGACGUCCUCAGGCUCUACCUGCGGGAUGCGGGCGCCGCUCCGGGGGCGGCUCCGGGGGCGGCUCCGGGGGCGGCUCCGGGGGCCCCGGCCGCGGGGUCCGGAGGCGGCUGGGAGGACGCGCCCGAGGACGCGGCGGUGGCCGAGGCGCUGGCGGCCCUCGAGGCGGCCACGGCGGGAGAGGACGUGGACGAGGCCGACUAG